CCUCAAGCCUUAUUAAGACGGAGCCCCGACCCGACCCGGGACCAUUAUCAUUUUUCUAUGGAUUUUAUUGGAUUCAGUUACGGACCAUAAGUUGUGAAUCAGGGAUCGAAAACCGUUUCAAUGGCUUCAGACAAUCCGAUUGCUUCUCGUAAAGUUGUUGUGCAUUUGAGAGCUACUGGUGAUGCUCCGAUUCUCAAACAAGCAAAAUUCAAGAUUGCUGGAACCGAUAAAUUUUCUAAGGUGAUUGAUUUUCUUCGUCGCCAACUUCACAAGGAGACUCUGUUUGUUUAUGUGAACAGUGCCUUCUCCCCAAGUCCAGACCAACUAGUGAAUGACCUGUACGAUAACUUUGGAAUUGAUGGGAAAUUGGUGGUUAACUAUGCAUGCUCUAUGGCUUGGGGCUAAUUUGGAGAAUGUAGCAAAACUUGUACAGCUGCAAAAAACUUGUUAUACGGGAAUUUCAUUUGGUAAAUAUGAUUAAUCUUUUUAGAUUGUAUCCAAAAUUGGUUUGACCAUUGCAUUUUACUAGCUCUUUAGCUGUGGGUCGCUUUGACUUAGAUGGUUAUUUCUUCCUAAUGGGGUAAAUUUAUCAUUCAGAAGGGUUUUCUGAUACUUUUUCAGGCCUUGUUGUUACGUUUUAUAGUUUUCCUAAGCUCGUGCUGAUACCUCUUA